AUGGCUGCCCGGACUCUCAGGAUUGGCCUUAUCCCCGGCGAUGGUAUCGGCAAGGAGGUCAUCCCAGCUGGGCGGCGCCUUCUUGAGGCGCUCCCUGCCUCACUUGGCCUAAAGUUUGAGUUCGUCGACCUCGAGGCGGGUUGGGAGACCUUUCAGCAGCAAGGCGUGGCCCUGCCAGACAAGACCGUGACAGUGCUGAAGAACGAAUGCGAUGGCGCGCUUUUUGGCGCUGUCAGCUCCCCCACGAGUGCCGUCAAGGGCUAUUCGUCCCCCAUCGUUGCUCUGCGCAAGAGGCUAGACCUGUACGCCAACGUGCGGCCUGUCAAGACCGUCGUCUCGGCUCCCAAGCCCAUCGAUAUGGUCAUUGUCCGCGAGAACACCGAGGACUUGUACGUUAAGGAGGAAACCACGCGCGACACCCCCGAGGGCAAGGUCGCCGAGGCCAUCAAGCGUAUCUCGCAGCGAGCCAGUGGCCGCAUCGCCAACAUCGCCGGCGAGAUUGCGCUGCGCCGCCAAAAGAUCCGCGCCACGGGCAGCCCCAGCAUCCAUCGCGGCCCACUGGUCACCAUCACCCACAAGUCCAAUGUGCUCUCCCAAACCGACGGCCUGUUCCGCUCUACGGCUCGCGAGGUCCUGACCGCUUCCCCCUUCCGUGACGCCGAAGUCGCUGUUGAGGAGCAGAUCGUCGACUCGAUGGUAUACAAGCUGUUCCGUCAGCCGGAGGCCUACGACGUCAUCGUUGCGCCCAACCUGUACGGUGACAUCCUCUCUGAUGGCGCGGCCGCGCUGGUCGGUUCGUUGGGCCUAGUGCCCAGCGCCAACGUGGGCGAGGACUUUGCUAUCGGCGAGCCCUGUCACGGCAGCGCGCCCGACAUUCAGGGCCAGGGCAUUUCCAACCCGAUCGCCACGCUGCGUAGCGCCGCGCUGAUGCUUGAGUUUCUCAACGAGGAGGCCGCGGCGGCCAAGAUCUACGAGGCGGUUGACGGGAACCUCUCGGAGGGCAAAUUCCUUAGCCCAGAUCUGGGCGGCACGGCCAAGACCGAGGAGGUGCUGCAGGAUGUCCUCUGCCGGCUGUAA